AUGGACUCAAUCCCGACGCCUCCUGAACCUAGACUCCGUGUUGCCAUUGUCGGCGCUGGCGUUGGCGGGCUGACUCUCGCAUACGCACUGUCGAAAGCAGACGACAUUCGGGUAGACGUAUACGAGGCGGCGAAGCAGCUAGCAGAGAUCGGGGCUGGGAUAGGGUUGUUCUGGCGCUCGCAGCGCGUCUUGACAGACCUUGGUUUGAAGGAUGCAGUUACCGCGCUUGGUUCGACGUUCCAAGACGGAUACGUUCCUGCUUUCAGAUGUAGAAAGUCCAAUCAGCCCGAAGGCGAGGAUAUCAAGCAGAUGCGUAUAAAGGGUGGAUUGACGGCCGUACACCGUGCCGAGUUCUACGACAUCCUCGUGCAGAAGCUCGCGUCAACCUCGCAAUACGCCACCCACACAUCAAAGCGCCUCGUCUCCUACUCUUCCACGCCCGACGGUCCUCUCACAUUGCUGUUCGAGGACGGCACGACGGCCGAGGCUGAUGUGGUCAUUGGUUCGGACGGCCUUCGAAGCGCCACUCGGGCCAAUAUGUACAAGGCGCUGGCGGCGGAAACGGGCAACCCCGAUCUUGAAGACCACAUACGCGCCAAGUUCACUGGAACGGUGUCGUACCGUACUGUUAUACCGCGGGAGAAGCUUGCCGCGAUUAACCCGAAUCAUCGAGUGUUGACUGGGCCUGUUCAGUACUUGGGAACGGAUAAGCAUAUGGUCGCAUACCCUAUCUCGAAGGGACGCUUGCUCAACCUAGCGAUGUUCGAGUGCCGCUUCGACCAAGAGGAUACGGAGUACGAGGGCCCAUGGGUGACCAAGGCCGAACCAGAAGACGUCGCAAAGAAGUUUGAAGGCUGGGAGCCCGAAGUGGCGGACUUGAUGAAGGCUAUUCAAGGGCUCAGUAUAGGCUCGUGGGUUAUCAACGUCGUGAAACCUUUGCCUACCUUCGCACACGGCCAAGUAGCUUUACUUGGAGAUGCGGCACACGCCAUGACGCCUUUACAAGGUGCUGGGGCGGGACAGGCGAUGGAGGAUGCAUAUGUGCUCGCGCCGCUGCUCCGCCACCCGUCUACCACACGCAAGAAUGUCGCACGCGCUCUGAGUAUCUAUUCACAGAUACGCAUGCCGGGCGCGAAGAUCGUCGUAGACAUGUCGCGGGAGAACAGCUAUCUAUCCGCAUUUCGUACACCAGGAGAGGAUAAUGUGCCGCUGUCAGAGCUGGGCGAGCGUAUGCAGCGGUGUUGGGAGAUGACCCAUGGAAGGAACGACCCGCUAGAUGACGUGAACAAGGCGUUGGAGCUAUUAGAGAAGGAGAUCGCUCCUUGA